UCAGUUUAUCAAACUUCAUAAGCAAGGUUUGUACUAAAAUCUUGGCAGAUAGAAUCAGCCUUAUUUUACCUAGGAUUAUCUCUAAUGAACAAGCAGGUUUCAUGAAAGGGAGGGAUAUUUCGGAACACAUUCUUGUUGCACAAGAGAUGAUUAAUUCCAUUGACAAGAAAAUACGGGGAACUAAUUUGGUGAUCAAAUUAGAUAUGGCAAAAGCCUUUGAUAGGCUCUCUUGGACUUUCCUAAAAUCCAUCCUAUCGAAAUUUGGCUUCUCAGAUUCAUUCAUAUCUUUGGUGAUGGGUCAUCUCAAGGCCACCUAUUUCUCAGUUAUCAUCAAUGGUGUGCCUAAAGGUUUUUUCCAGCCUGGUAGGGGGGUCAAGCAGGGAGACCCCCUCUCUCCCUUUCUUUUCAUCCUUGCUACAGAGGCCUUAUCUAGAGGUUUGAAAGAUCUAAUGGCUGAUAAUAAAAUCAAACCCUAUUGGAUUGGUCAGUGUGGUUUUCCGGUGUCCCAUUUGUCUUUUGCUGAUGAUAUUCUCAUUUUCAUUAAUGGGGAUGCUAGAUCUUUACAAAAUUUUAAGAAAUUCUUGGGUCUGUAUCAAAGAGCUUCUGGUCAAGCAAUUAAUUUCAACAAAAGUAAUUUUGUAUGUGGCAAAACG